UCCCAAAUGCCAAAACAAAAUUACCUGCAGAUUACUCAAUUAACAUUACACACAGCAGCAACUUCACACCCUACUGGAAAAAAAAUGUCAGGACCCUUCUGAAAUAAUGUCUUGAGGCUUUUUCCCUGGGUAGACAAACACGAUUAUAUGAAAUGCUUCGUGGCAGUAAACAUCACGAAAGGUAAAAGUUCGCUGUGAUUUUACCGUGUGUUUUUGUUGCACACUCGAAAUUAAGGACGUGCGCAGGUGCUCCAAAUCGAGGGCAAACAUUUAUUGUGGUAAUCUGUAAAAUGCAACAGCACGUAUAUCACACACAGAAGUUUAUAACCGAGUCGCUAUCAACCUCGUGACUUGUGUACAGAUCAGGUUACUCAAUAACCCUGCCAGUCACCUAUAGGCCCGACUCAGUAUCGCAUGCUGGUGGACACACGUGCUUUGAUGUACUGCACAGCACACUUUACUCCAUUGCUGCACGAGGAAAUAAUUAAAAGAGUGGUCCAUUCAUGUUGUGUCACAUUUGCAGUGAACUCCAACGAUGACGUCCAGCAUUGAACUCGAUCGGUUCUACAGCGAAGAGGUUGAGUUUCCACCUCGGCUGCUCGCUUCCCACAUCGACACUGCCGAACGCGAGGUUCAUAUACUCCUGGCGGGGAUGAGAAGCCUUCUGCGGCCAAACAUAGAUCCCUCGAUUGAAUAUGGCAUCGUUCAAACUGGCAGCUCGUACGAAGGACUCAAAGUGAAGGGGGAUAUGGAGCUGGAUUUUAUGAUCGUUCUCUCUCACUCGGAAUUCAAGUUUAUCCCCAUCACCUCAGAUUACAGUGGCUAUUGUAAAAUAAAUGCUGAGCAGCAAAAGCCACAAUUUCAAAUGCACACUGCAAAAUAUUGGGCAUCAUUAAGUCCCUUUCACUCAUUUGAAAAGGACUUUACCAGCAAUGGAUACCUGAUACCAUCAAAAAUAUAUCAGUGGUUUCAGUCAUUAGCAGACAGAGCGGUGAACAAAAACAAGUCUAAAUUUGUUACAAAGUUUGUCGGCAACUUGCCAGCCCGUACGCUCAUUUUAAAUAUUUGGCCCGAUGUUGAAAUCUGCGUGGACCUCGUCCCAGCGAUCUACAUUGGCAGAGACCUCUUCGUGGUGGCCAAACCCUUGAAGACAUCCCCAGACCCAGAUCUCUGGAGGCUGUCGUUCUCCGUCUUCGAGAAAAACAUCCUCAGCCGGCUUCCAAGCUCCUCCUGCCACCUGAAGGCCCUGAAGAUCCUCAAGUACCUGCGGGAGCACGACACUCGGCUGGAGGAGACGUCUCAGUUCGCGAGUGGACUCUGCUCGUACCACCUGAAGACGGCCUCCCUCCACCUGCUCGAGCAGAGGCCAUACACCCAGGAGGGCCUGCACGAGCACCUGCACCAGCUGAUGGACUUCCUCAUUGAGUGCAUGCAGAGAAGGGAACUCAACCACUUCUUUAUGGGGAAUCCAUCGAGCCUGGCGAGGGACGCGCAAGUGCCCAGCAGCAUUACCCACAGAGAGUUCCGCCUCAAUCUCUUCAGUGAUAAAUUCGUGAAUGAGAGCACCCUGAGCCAGGCGAGGGAGAGACUCGUCAGGAUUAAACGCUCUCUGCCUGCCAUAAUCCAACAGCAUUAUGAACCCGGUGCUUACAGCUGCAAUAUUUUUUAAGAGCUCCUACACCACUUACAAUUGAACACGUUUGAGGCGUUUUUCACGGCCAAUGUUUAAAUUCACAAUUGUCGGGUUAAGGCCGCGUGAUAAUUUCGCCCGAAUGUUGCGUCGUCGAAAAGCCUCAACCACCCGACGAAGCCAAAUUCAAUUGUCCCGUUUGCGUACGGGCGUUUAAACUACGCGGUUGAUGUAGAGGGGGAUCAUCACAAACGGAAUGUGUGAGCGAUUAGAUAUGAGACGUUUAGAUUGGUACCGUGGCAAGGGGUCUCCAGGUCAGAAUUUUAUUUUUUAAAUGCAGUCGCUCUCAAAUGAAGCGUCACGUCUACUCGGUUGUACUGACAUGCAUCCCAGUGUAUGUAAAUUCGAUUGUAACGCAACAUAAACUAGUUCACGAAUUCUAUAGGUACGUUGUGUUAAAUUUACUCGGCGAUCACAGCAGUUUUUUCUUGAGUAGAGUCUUUUUUUUCGCAACUGAUUUUAAGAAUUUUAAUUUUAUCAUAAUAAAACUUUC